GUGUCUCAACUCUAAAGUGCAAGUACUGGUUGUAUAAAAAACGCAAGAAUGGUGGGGAAGCCUAGAAACUAAAAUUCCAAGUGAUAAUGGCAGCAGCUCCAGGACCUUGCCUCAAUCACAUUUCUAGAGAAACGUCUGACAUCAAACGCCUCGCCACUUUCUACAUAGAGGUUUUUGGGUUUGAGCAAAUAGAGUCUCCAAAGUUCGAUUUUGAGGUGAUAUGGUUGAAGCUUGGAUCAUCUAUGUUGUUGCACCUCAUAGAGAGGGACCCCACUGUCAUGCUUCCUGAAGGUCCAUGGAGUUCCGUGGCAGACCCGAAGAACCUUCCAAGAGGACACCAUGUCUGUUUCUAUGUACCCGAAUUCGACUCCUUUGUACAGAGAGUUAAGGAUAAAGGGAUUCCAGUACAUGAGCAGAGUCAACCGGAUGGGAAGACGAAGCAAGUAUUCUUCUUCGAUCCAGAUGGGAAUGGUUUGGAGGUCUCAAGCCAGUGCCCGGUACUAUAGUCAUUGGAUCCAACUUUACUAAUUGGCUUAGUAAACGCUACAUAAAAAGUGAGGAGAUGAGUUCGCAGACAUAAUAUGUGUAAUAUAUAUGUGUGUGGAUCGCCCGGGUGGUCAACUAGUUUUGCAUUAAAACUCACGACAUAAUCAAAAUUUCUAUUUUUAGAGAA